AAAUAUCCCCUAUGACAAAACAAUACGUCACGUGGUUGAGCGUGGGGUCGGGCGUUCGAACAUCGGAAAAUUGACUUGGAAUUGGCAGAAAAUCCUGGCGGUUUUCUCGCCUUUUGCGGGUAAUUAGCUCCAGCGAAGGACUUUCUUCAAGACCCUGACGUGUUUUCGGUCCUCGCUCAAUCGAUACCGUGUCGAUCGAAGGCUCCAGCGCUGCUAAAAAAAGUGUUUCAGUGACGAGAGGUCGUCUGUGACCCCUACCCUCUCCUCGUCGACUGUUGUGAAGCUCGCCGGCAGCCAUCAUGGGUGAGCCGGAUGAGGUGGACCAGGCGCUGCCGUACCGCGGCACGGACAUGAGCGACUACGGGAUCCCGCUGGAUGACCUGAAGGAGCUGAUGGAAGUCCGCGGGACAGACGGUAUCGCAGAGAUUGAACAGAAGUAUGGAAGUGUCACAGAGAUAUGCAAACGUCUCAGGACGUCUCCUACUGUAGGUCUGGAGAACAAUCCAAAGGAGUUUGAGCGACGAAGACAAGUUUAUGGCUCAAACAUUAUCCCACCGAAACCACCAAAGACAUUCUUGCAGUUAGUCUGGGAAGCUCUGCAGGAUACUACACUGAUUAUUCUGGAGAUCGCAGCCAUUAUUUCACUGGGCUUGUCAUUCUACAAACCAUCCAAGGAUAUUCAGGACAAAUUGGGUGGUGGAGAUGAGUCUGAGGAGAAGGCCGGAUGGAUUGAGGGCGUGGCCAUUCUUGUUUCUGUAGCAGUAGUCGUUUUUGUAACAGCAUUCAAUGACUGGUCCAAAGAAAGGAAGUUCAGAGGGCUGCAGAGCAAAAUUGAGGGCGAGCAUAAAUUUGCUGUCAUCAGGAGUGGAGAAGUAGUCCAGAUCCCUGUAGGAGAAAUAGUUGUCGGUGACGUCUGUCAAGUCAAGUACGGUGACUUGUUACCUGCGGAUGGCCUGGUGGUACAGUCCAAUGACCUGAAAGUGGAUGAGAGUUCACUAACCGGAGAGUCCGACCAUGUGAAGAAAGGCGAAUCCAGGGAUCUCCACCUCUUGUCAGGCACCCAUGUGAUGGAGGGCAGUGGCAAGAUGGUGGUGACAGCGGUGGGCUUGAGCUCACAGAGUGGGAUCAUCUUCGCACUACUGGGCGCCACUGCAGCUGAGAAACCUGCCGGAGGCAAGGACGACAGAAAGAAGGCAAAAAGCAUUGAGGACGCCAACCCUGCUCCUAAGACAGCCGCUCCACUAGAUCCAGUCGGGGCAUCACCAAGCAAGGCAGAUGGCCGUCUGCCUCCCCUACAGAACCCCCCGCAGCCGCCCGCCAUGGAGCUGAAGGAGGUGAGCCUGAGGGACGAGCCUGACGGGAAGGUGGACUCGCCCACCGCACCUAGCUCCCCAGGAGAGGAGGUGGACGGAGCAGUGAAGCAGUCCAAAUCUACCAGCUUCCCCAGGAAGGAGAAGUCUGUGCUGCAGACAAAACUCACCAAGCUGGCUGUGCAGAUUGGAUAUGCAGGGUUUGCUGUGUCUGUCCUGACUGUCAUCAUCCUGAUCAUCACCUUCUGUGUGAGGACAUUUGCCAUCCAGGGGUUACCCUGGAACAACUACUACAUCCAGUUCUUUGUCAAGUUCUUCAUCAUCGGUGUAACUGUACUGGUGGUGGCUGUACCUGAGGGCCUACCUCUUGCUGUGACAAUCGCUCUGGCAUAUUCUGUCAAGAAAAUGAUGAAAGACAACAAUUUGGUACGUCACUUGGAUGCCUGUGAAACUAUGGGUAAUGCAACAGCCAUCUGCUCUGACAAGACGGGUACCCUGACCACAAACCGCAUGACAGUCAUGCAGAUCUUUGUAGGAGAGAAACACCACAAGUCUGUGUCUGAAAGCAUCAGUCAUAUCCAACCUAACGUCAUGGACUUAUUAGUGGAUGGAAUUGCCAUCAACAGUGGCUACACGUCCAGGCUCCUGCCACCAGAUGAUGAUCGAGAGGGUGGACUUGCCAAGCAAGUUGGAAAUAAGACAGAAUGUGCCCUGCUGGGCUUAGUGGUGGGGCUGAACAAGGACUACCAGGCUGUCCGGGACGAGUGGCCCGAGGAACGUCUCUACAAAGUCUACACAUUUAACUCUUCCCGCAAGUCUAUGAGCACUGUCGUCCAGAAGGAGGAUGGCGGCUUCAGACUGUAUUCCAAGGGCGCUUCUGAGAUCAUGCUCAGGAAGUGCACCAAGAUUCUGGAUGCAAAUGGCAAGGAGCAGGACUUUUCCCCUCAUGAUCGUGAUGGUCUCAUCAAGAAGGUUAUCGAGCCAAUGGCCAGCGAGGCUCUGCGGACCAUCUGUAUGGCGUACCGUGACUUUGAUCCAGCUGAAGGAGAGCCUGAUUGGGAAUCAGAGAAUCUUAUUGUCUCCAACCUGACAGCAAUCGCCAUCACUGGCAUCGAGGACCCAGUAAGAGAUGAGGUGCCAGCAGCCAUUAAGAAGUGCCAGAGGGCAGGGAUCACUGUGCGCAUGGUGACAGGAGACAAUGUCAACACAGCUCGUGCUAUAGCCAUCAAGUGUGGCAUCCUGACUCCAGAUGAUGAGUUCAUUAUCCUGGAUGGAAAGGAAUUCAACAGGAGGAUCAGGAAUGAGAAGGGAAUGAUUGAGCAGGCACGUAUUGACAAACUCUGGCCCAAGCUGAGGGUUCUCGCUCGCUCAUCUCCCACAGACAAGCACACCCUGGUGAAAGGGAUCAUUGACAGCACCAUCAGUGAGAAUCGGGAGGUGGUGGCAGUGACGGGCGAUGGAACCAAUGACGGACCAGCCUUAAAGAAGGCUGAUGUUGGCUUUGCCAUGGGCAUUGCUGGCACUGACGUUGCCAAGGAGGCAUCAGAUAUCAUCCUGACAGAUGAUAACUUCACCAGUAUUGUCAAGGCUGUGCUGUGGGGACGCAAUGUCUACGACAGCAUCUCUAAAUUCCUACAGUUCCAGCUGACUGUCAACGUAGUGGCCGUUAUUGUGGCCUUCUUGGGAGCCUGCAUUGACAACGACAGUCCUUUGAAGGCAGUUCAGAUGCUGUGGGUCAAUCUGAUCAUGGAUUCUUUCGCCUCAUUGGCCCUUGCCACUGAGAUGCCUACUGAGGAGCUGUUACUACGGAAACCUUAUGGGCGUACCAAGCCCCUGAUCUCCAGGACCAUGUGUAAGAACAUCCUGGGCCAUGCUGUGUACCAGCUCAUCAUCAUCUUUACCAUCCUGUUUGCAGGUGAGUACAUUUACGACAUCGACAGUGGGCGUGGAGCGGCCCUGCAUGCUGCACCCAGCCAGCACUUCACCAUCGUCUUCAACACCUUUGUAAUGAUGCAAAUCUUCAACGAGAUCAACGCCCGCAAGAUCCACAAUCAGCGCAAUGUCUUCUCUGGCCUCUUCACCAAUCCCAUCUUCUGCUCUAUUGUUGUGGGGACCUUGAUUGCUCAGGUCUUCAUCGUUGAGUUUGGUAGUGUUGCUUUCAGCACAACUCAUCUGACUGCAGACCAAUGGGGAUGGUGUGUCUUUCUUGGAAUGGGUGAACUUCUGUGGGGCCAGCUGCUUGCAUUUAUCCCUACCAAGAAGCUGCCACGUAGCCUGACCAUCGGUGGCGGUGAGCCUGAGGCAGACAUGGUCUCCAUUGCAGACAUCGACGAGCCCGAUGCGAUAGAGAGCAUGACAGAACUGCGCCGGGGUCAGAUCUUGUGGAUCCGUGGUCUGAGCAGAAUCCAGACUCAGAUCAGUGCAGUGGACACAUGGAGGGAUGCCAUGGCCAAGACUCGACGAGACACCUUGAUCCACGAUUUCAUGCCUGUCCCCGAAGGGGAUUCCAAUAAAACUAGCGAGCUAGACCUGACUAGAUCUAGCGAGGAUAACUCCCCGCCCAAGUCAGACACAGACCAUCCUAUGCCUGAUUCGGAGUCUCCCAAGGCAAACUCGGUCCAGCCUGACCCAGUUGUGUUGGAUGUGAAGUCAGAUGGUGUUGAAAUGGAGUCAGAUGCACCCCCUGUUGCAGAUUCUGCCCCUGUCGAGUCAAAGUCUCUAUCCCCUACAUUAGGCAAUGCCCCAUCCCAAGCUGACUCAGCUACUGUUGAGAUAGACUAGUCCCAAUCAAAUAUAGGGCAAGCAUACACGUAGUUCUGUCUCGUGGCAGAGGCUUUGUGUUUGUCAAUAUGUUUGUUUGCUCGUUCGUUUGUUUGUGUUUGUCUUUGUUUACUUAUCACCUUGUUUGUCUUUGUUUGUUAGGUACCAUCAAAGUAAUGCAAAGGUGCGACUGGGGUUCUGGGCAGCACACUCUGACUGUUGGAACCCUGGCUGACAGCAAUGAUUUUGGCAAAAUCAAAAGAGAGAAU